AUGUUUUCCAACUUCCUCGGCUCCUCUCACGAGGACGAGAAACCCAGCGAAGACGAACAAUCGCUCACAUCCAUCCUCUCCACGCCCGAACAGCGCAGCGACCUUACCUUAUUAAUCGCCAACUGCACGGCCUCAAUGCGCAAGACCAUCCUCGACGCCUUCGAUCCAAGCAAGACCGGCCAGCCCUCCGACUUAAUCUCAGACCUCACCGGCGACGACGCGCUCCAGAAUCCCAACCUCGAUGUCGGAAACGCCGACGUUGAAGCGCACGACAAGCAGCGCAGCGAGCAGGAGAGGCGCGAGAAAGAGCUUUCGGCGCCAAAGCUGCAGGAACUGAAAAACGCGGCGCUGGCAUACUUCGAUGAGUGGAGGGACAACGUUCUGCAGCGGGUGGGCGAGGUUGUGAACUCGAAGCACGAUGCUACUGCGCAGAAGCACAAUGCCCACGCUAGGACCUCCUCGUCACGGUCCCAAACGCACAAGGUCACAUCUCACAAGCAGGACGCAAGCGCCGCUGCAACUCUGCACGAGCUGUAUCCGCCUGUUGAAACGCCCUUGGCGAGGCUGGAGGAGGAGCACAGAGCGCUCAUUCUACACUCAGUGUUGCUCCUACUCCUGAGUCUAGAACAUUACUCCGCUCACUCACGAAUCUUGCUACUGUACCUGACGAGUAGCCUCAAGCUCUCGAUCAACUUCCUAGCAGACGACGAGAGCAAAGUAGCACGCGGCCUGCUCAAAGCCGCCGAGCAAAUGAACGCGGACGAAGAGACCAAGAAAAAGGCCGAAGAGAACUCGAGCAGCCGCAAGUGGAAGGUGGGCCUCGCGUCGGUCGCCGGCGCCGCCAUCAUCGGCGUCACUGGUGGCCUUGCCGCACCUCUUGUCGCCGCAGGCGUGGGCUCUGUUAUGGGCGGUCUGGGCCUCGGCGCAACGGCUGCAGCAGGAUACUUGGGCACGCUCGCCGGUAGCACAGUACUCGUUGGUGGACUUUUCGGUGCCUACGGCGGACGUAUGACGGGCCAGAUGAUGGAUCAGUACGCGAAAGAAGUCGAUGACUUCGGGUUUAUACCUGUCAGGGACUGGCACAAGCCCCGCAAGAUUGAGAAGGAAUACCGUCGCCUGCGCGUGGCUAUCGGUAUCAGCGGCUGGAUCACCGAUCCGCAGGAUGUGGUCAAGCCGUGGCGCGUCAUUAGUCAGAGCACCGAGGGGUUUGCGCUGAGAUGGGAGCUCGAGGCGCUGAUGAACCUGGGGAACGCAAUCAAGACCAUGGUAUCUAGCUAUGCAUGGAACUAUGCGAAGAAAGAGAUUAUCAAGCGGACGGUGUUUGCGGCAUUGUCGGCGGCGCUCUGGCCACUGGGAUUGCUCAAGGUUGGGAAGAUCGUCGACAAUCCCUUCAGCAUUGCGAAGACGAGGAGCGAGAAAGCUGGCGAGGUGCUGGCGGACGCGCUCAUCAACAAGGCGCAGGGUGAGCGACCAGUAACGCUAAUUGGAUACUCUCUCGGCGCUCGAGUUAUCUAUACCUGCCUACAAACGCUCGCCGAGAGGAAAGCAUUCGGCCUAGUUGAGUCCGUCGUGCUCGUUGGUGCUCCAACUCCGUCUACGGCUGCCGACUGGAGAAAGCUCCGCAGUGUUGUCUCUGGCCGAGUCGUGAAUGUUUAUUCAACGAACGACUAUGUUCUUGCGUUUCUCUACCGUAGCAGUAGUAUCCAGCUCGGCGUUGCCGGGCUCCAGGCAAUCGAAGGUGUUAAAGGCGUUGAAAACGUCGACGUUAGUGAUCUGGUCAGCGGUCACACGAAGUACCGCUACAUUACCGGCAGCAUCCUGAAGAAGAUCGGCUUCGAGGACAUUGAUCUUGAGGAAGUAGCAAAGGAGGAGCAGGAGCUGAGGAUAGCGGAGGAACAGGAAGAGGAGGAGCGAAGAAAGAAGGAGGAGACGGGCAAAGAUGCCGACCAGGAGGCGAAAGAUAUGGAGAAGGAAGUGGAGGAGAAGAACGAGCAGAGCAGGCUUUCGUGGGCAAUGGAGAAGUCGGGGAUCAGCUCUGCUGCAUCGCGAGUGCAUAAGGCUGUCUCAUGA